ACUUUUUUAAAAAAGGUCAGAGAAAAGAAUAAAUAUACUAAUGAAUAUAAAUAUCAAUAGUGAUGAAGUCUCUUCGGUUUCCUCCGAACUUACUGACGACUCCGAUGAAGGCGAAGAAUAUAUUGUUGAGAAGAUAUUGGAUCGAAGGCAUCACAGGGGUGAAGUUCAAUACUUAGUUAAAUGGCUGAAUUAUUCCGAUGAAGAUAAUACCUGGGAAUUGGCCUCAGAUCUGGACUGUCCUACUCUAGUAAAUUCUUUUGAAUCGAAAUUUAGUCUGAAAAGGGCGCUGAAUCUAAAUAAUUUAUAUGAAAAGAAGGCGAAGCGGAUGAAAAUUGAUCCAUGCCUCGUUAUGGAUAAUCCCUUUAAUCACGGUUUUACAGCUCAAGAAGUUCUGAAGGGCUUCAAAAAAAAUGGUGAAGUAUCGUUUUUGAUUAAGUUUUUGGAUCUCGACCAACCGCAAAUGGUGUUAAGUGGAAUUGCAUAUGAGGAAAUACCGCAAAUGGUUCUAAAAUUUUAUGAAAAGCAAUGCAACUUUCAAGAUUAUUUAAAUAAUUAUAUAUCAUGAUUUUAAGUGAAUAAAUCUUAAUAUGGGCUAAAGUUGAAA